CUCUUCUUUGUGGCAGCCUCUCAAAUUGGGGAGCCUGGAUAGCUCAACAGACAGAAGCACUGUAAUUUAACACCAGCUGUCUGCAAUUAAAAUAAGAUCGAAUCUCGCCAGGCUCAAGGUUGACUCAGCCUUCCAUCCUUUCUAAGGACGCGGAGGAUUUUUUUCCCGUGCUGGGGAAACCGGUUCCCUGAGACCUCGCAAUGAAGCCCCUUCUGCUACUGCUGUUCCCCUUCUUGGCGCAGGCAUCCCUCUCCUUCGUGGUCCCAGAAAAGGAGAAGGAUCCUCAGUACUGGCGGCUCCAGGCUCAGGAGACUCUGAAGAGAGCCUUGACCCUUCAAAAGCUAAACACCAAUGUGGCCAAGAACAUCAUCCUCUUCCUCGGAGACGGGAUGGGCAUCUCCACCGUGACGGCCGCUCGUAUCCUGAAGGGCCAGCUGCAGCAGAGAACCGGAGAGGAAACUGUAUUAGAAAUGGACCGUUUUCCGUUUGUGGCCCUGUCUAAGACUUACAACACCAACGCACAGGUGCCGGAUAGCGCGGGCACUGCCACUGCUUACUUAUGCGGCGUGAAGGCCAACGAAGGCACCUUGGGGGUCAGCGCAGCCGUGACGCGGUCCCAAUGCAACACGACGGCCGGCAACGAAGUGACCUCCAUACUCAAGUGGGCGAAAGCAGCAGGCAAAUCUGUGGGCAUUGUCACCACCACCCGCGUCAACCACGCCACGCCGAGUGCUGCUUAUGCGCACUCGGCCGACCGGGACUGGUAUUCGGACAACGAGAUGCCCCCGGAAGCGCUUCAGCAGGGGUGCAAAGACAUCGCUCACCAGCUGUUUGAAAACAUCCCAGACAUCGAGGUCAUCAUGGGAGGCGGACGGAAGUACAUGUUCCCCAAGAACACGAGCGACGUGGAGUACCCGGAUGAGGAGAAGUACAGAGGGACCAGGCUGGACAAUAGGAACCUGGUCCAGGAGUGGAAAGACGCUAAGCCCAAAGACAAGAAUGCCCUUUAUCUAUGGAACCGGGCGAGGCUGAUGGAGCUGGACCCAGCGAAAGUCGACUAUGUUUUGGGUCUCUUCGAGCCCAUCGACAUGAUGUAUGAACUCAGCAGGAACAACCAAACCGACCCUUCCUUGACUGAAAUGGUGACAGUGGCGAUCCGAAUCCUCCAGAAGAACCCCCGUGGAUUCUUCCUCCUCGUGGAGGGAGGCAGGAUUGACCACGGACACCACGAGGGAAAGGCCAAGCAGGCCCUGCAUGAGGCGGUGGAGAUGGACCGGGCCAUUGGCGAGGCUGGCAUCCUGACCUCUUCCGAAGACACCCUAACGGUGGUGACCGCAGACCACUCCCAUGUGUUCACAUUUGGGGGCUACACAACCCGUGGCAACUCCAUUUUCGGGCUGGCCCCGAUGCAGAGCGACAUGGACAAGAAGCCAUUCACUUCCAUCCUGUAUGGAAACGGACCUGGGUACAAAAUGAUAGCUGGAGAGAGAGAGAACAUUUCUGCGGUCAAUUUCACCGAUACCAACUACCAGGCGCAGUCAGCCGUCCCGCUGCGCAUGGAAACCCACGGAGGGGAGGACGUGGCCGUCUUCGCCAAGGGCCCCAUGGCUCACCUCCUCCAUGGGGUCCACGAGCAGAACUAUAUCCCCCACGUGAUGGCUUACGCAGCCUGCAUCGGUGAGAACCGGGCGCACUGCCGUUCGGGCGUGCCAAGCAGCCAUUCCGGAUCCAUCCCUCUGAUUUCGGCCAUCUUCUCCAUCCUCCUGCUCCGAGUUUUAUUCUAAAGGCUCCAGCUCCUCGGACUCUUCGGAUCGAGGUGUUUUUUUGUUUUUGUUUUUUUGGGGGCCUGUUUUGAGAUUUCCAGCCUCAAACCUCCCUCGAGGGGGUUUCUGGCAUCAUGGAGGGGGAAAACCACAUUGGACAACUCGGCAGGAACUGCUGUGCUCUGGAACAGAACAGUCCGUGGUGUUAGGAUCGGUGCCAAUCGGAGCAGCUGGAAAAGCCGGGAUAUUUUUUUUCCCCCUCCUCACCCCUCUUAAAAGAGAAGGAUUUGUCCUAUUGGAGAAGGAAGGAGCAUACGUGCCUGGCUCACCUCGACAGACCGUAGGCAUCUCCGGGCCUUGAACUCUUCCAAAGAGUGUUCCCCCCCAAACUCUUCCAAAGCCAAUCCAGAACAGAAAUAAGUCCCAUUUGCCUGCCGUCCCGGUUGCCUGCUCUGACUCCCUUUCGCUUUGCAAGUGGCGGAACUCAAGAGACAAUCGCAUUUGAUUUGAGCCUCGAAGAAUUUCCUAGCAGCUUCCAAGUGCCCCCACCCCACCCCCACCCCAAAAGGAAGCAAGUCACAGGACAUCCCAGGCAGGGAAGUCCAUAAAUUACCAAACCCCCAUAAAAAGUAGAUUUGUGCCUCACCCCCAUCAAGUCAAAUUUUUCCACUGCCAACAGCUGGGACAGGAUGGCCCUUUCUAGCAGUUCUGAAGGCUUUGAAAACAGGUCGUGCUUUACAUCCACUCCUCCACUGCUAAGAAUGUGACUUUAAAACAGAGAUCUCUGCCACAGGGGAAGGAAUCCGGUGAAGCGAGGAGGCAGCAGUGGGUGCCAUCGUAAUAAGCCAGGGUGGGUAGGACCCCGGUGUGAACUCUCGUUACGCACUGCGGUUUGUAAAUGACUUGGCUUGCAGAUUAGCACAGUGUACAAACCCGGUUACUGUUUGCAGCUUAUUCAGCAAACCCUGGUUAAAGGCAAACAAAAAAUAAUAAUUGGCUUAAUUUGAGAGGUGGACAGGAACGACUGCAGACUCCACCUUGGGGUGGGUGUACGGGAGGAGGACUGCUUACAAGGGCCGUGGUGGAAAUCUUUAAGGGGGCGAGAGAGGAGAGCCUGUUUAUGAAUUGUGUCCCUCCUGCUGCAGAAGGCUGAGGGGAGGGGGAGGAAAGGAGAACUGGAAGGGGGGCCGCUGCCCUCCACAAAAUAGGAAGGCUACAAUUGAAGUCAGACAGGUCUCGGCAGGGAAUGUCCCAUCUGGAGGUCAGACUUGCUCUGGCUCUUCAUGCCUUGAGAGCAAAUUCCUUGUCUUUCCUUUUGCUUCUCAUGGGCUGAAGGUUCGGGGCAAUCAAAGGGCAUCCGUUGUCCCUCAACUGGUCUUUUAACACCAUGGAAGUCGUUUCCGCAAGACUCCCCCCCCUCCCAGCUGGAUGGGCAAGGAUUUGCCUUUAGAGGCCGUGCGUGCAUGGAAGGGGAAGAGAUGGGAAGGCUGGUCCAUCUCUGAACUUCUCCAGAAGCUUCUGGUGAUCGCAAGAGCACCAGGCUGGGCUCCCGGUCAUCGUUAGUUGGGUGCCGCUUGGCUUCUCACAGUUCUUCCGGUCUUCCUCUUCAGCUUCCUGACUGUUGAGCAGGGAAGGAGUGUAGGAAAUGGGGUUGGGGGCAGCCUCUUUGCCCUCUGCAAGGACGGAACCAGUGGUGGUAUUUAGCUGGUUUUAGCCGGUUCGGGCGAAUGGUUAGCGGUGGCUGCGGGAGGCUCCGCCCACCCGCCCUGACAUCAUCACAUCCUGUUUCUGACGCUCUGCACAUUUGCGAACCGGUAGCGAAGGUAAGUGAGUACCACUCCUGGACAGAAUCUUCACCUCUCCCUGCUACUUUGACAGUCUUUUAAGAGCACAGGGAGAUUUUCACUUCCAGACAGAGAAAAGCGUCAGACAAGCAGCUUCUUCAUCUUUGAGGGGUGGAUGGAAGGCUUCUGUGCCAAAGAAAAGAUGCCCAGAUCGACUGGCAGGAACACGGGCACUUUUUGGGGGAGAGAGAUCAGUGGGAGUUGCUCUCAAUUUAUAUAUAAAAAAAAACAACUCUAAGUUGAUUUUUUUUUUUUUUGUCUUUGUUUGCAUAACUUUUUAAAAAAUUGAAAUUCAGGGUUUGGAAAGGAGGAAUCUGAAAUAAAAUUAUUUUGGACCAGC